AUCAUCAGCGUGCAUCAUUUUGGAUUUUUAUUGCCUCAAGUACGAAUAUCACGAAUUUUAGGAUACCCGCAUCUUUAUCCCAGCUACGCUUUAACGACUCUCUCCGCCACUUCAGCUCCCUUCAUCACCGCCAUCCCGAGCUUCAUCAUGGAUGAAAAGCACCAGCAUCUACCGCAGCCCAUGAACAUGGAUCCUCCUCGUGCGUCGACGAUAUUCGCCAAGGCGCGCCGGCUGCUCCUGAUUGCGGUCCUUCUGAUCGUGAGCUUCCACUUGGUCGCUGUGCCUUUUAUGCCAAAGGAUUUCUUCCAGUGCGACCAUGGUAGCACGACAAAGGCCCUCGUCCCGUUCGAAGCGCACAUCAUCAGCAAAUGUCCCGAUACCAGACAUGCCCUUCGCAACCUGAUCCUGCCCGCGAUGCAAAAGGUCCACGACAAAGUUGACUUUCAACUUUCAUACAUUGGCAAGCCCACCGCCAACGGCGGUGUCGAAUGCAAACACGGCCCCUCCGAGUGCAUCGGCAACAUCAUCGAACUCUGCGCCCGCGAGCUCUAUCCCGACCCCAAGAUCCAUCUCGGCUUCGUCAUGUGCCUGACCAAGGACUACCCCCAGAUCCCUGAUCGCGCGCUCAUCGAAGACUGCGCGCUCGAGCAUGCCAUCGAUUUCAACAAGCUCAAUGAGUGCGCCGCUCGUGAUGAGACUGCCCACGGCAUUGAGCUGCUGCGAAACAGUGUCCAGCGGUCCGCUGAUGCCAACGUAACCAUUAGCUGCACCAUCCGUCUCAACAACGAAGUCUAUUGCAUUCGCGAUGACGACCAGUGGAAGGACUGCCCCAACGGCCCCGGCGUCAACGACCUGGUCCUCGCUAUUGAGAAGCUAUACCACGGUUCGUCGUGAGCGGCUCGAAUAUUCCCGUCCAUAGCUCGCUCGCCUCGCCCAACGUGUAGCUCAUCGAUAGUGCAUCCAUACCCGCCUCGUCGUCUCCCCCCAUGAUCUUCAGUGUCUCUAUAAUGCUGUCAAGGCCAACAGCCUUGCCCGUGGCUUGUGUGGCUCCGGCCUCUAGGGCAACAUGAACAAUGUGUAUAUGGAAGUGGUAAUAGGUCGGUUGAUAGUGAACAUAGAGCUUCAGCUGGUUCUCCUCGAUG